AUGCUAUCUAGUGAUUCAGCCUCUCAGCCUAGCGGUGUUGAGGAUUCACAACCCUUUCAUGGGCACUCAGACACUGUACACUCCCUCACUUACUCGCCUGACGGAAAGUGGAUCGUGUCUGGCUCUGGUGAUAAAACCAUUCGGAUAUGGGACUCUCAAAGUGGACUUCAGAUUGGGAAGACUAUGUGCGAUCAUGAAUGCGGUGUAUCUGCCGUCGCAUUCUCUCCCGACGGAAAGUAUAUCAUCAGCGGAUACAACGACGGGACCCUUCUUGCUUGGAAUGUGUUGACCCAGGAAACGCGCUCAAGUCUUCUCGGUGUCCACGAAGACCUCAUCUUCACGGUACAAUACUCUCCCAAUGGUAAACUCCUUGCCAGUGGAUCUUAUGAUAAAUCAAUGCGAUUAUGGACCGCAGACUCCGGAGCAUGCGUUGGAACGUUCGAUCAUCCCAACAAGGUCACAGACCUUGCAUUCUCUCCGAACGGACAACACGUUACCACAGGUUCUAUGGACGGCUCGCUCUACAUAUGGGACAUAGACCUGAAGAAGCUUGUGUACGGACCUCUUGUCGGCCACCGGGACCAGAUAUUUUCCGUUGCCUACUCCCCUGAUGGACGAGUGUUGGCAAGUGGGAGCCACGAUUGGACGAUCCAGCUGUGGGAUGCUGUCCAUGGGACGCUGGUCAAGGGUCCGCUGAAAGGACACAGACAGCCCAUUGCAGGCCUGUGCUUCUCUAUGGACGGGCAGACGCUCGUCAGUGCUUCAUCUGACAGGACUAUGCGUGGAUGGGAUUUGACAACGGGGACUUGCACCUGGGGGCCGCUAUAUUGGGAUGCGAGGUUCAGUAGUCUGGCAUGCUCCCCGGAUCGUAAGUACGCGGUUGUGGGUGACCGGGAAGGUCGCCUGUGCGUGCGAGAAGUUGGAUCGGGUGGGCUUGUUCUGCCACAGGCAAGUCACCCAAAUUCAAAUUUUUUUGACAUUUGCUAA